AGUUUAUUUCCCUCUGCGUCUAUAUAGGACAGUUCCGUGCUGUGCGGGCUCGGAUACUGAGUGACGUCAGGGAGCUGGCGGGUCACGUGAUCAGCCCCUCCCCCCGCCGCGUGAACCCACAGAAGUCUGCUGUAAAAUGGAUGUCAAGCCGGAGGACUGUAAUUCGAAAGAGCCGGAGCAGCUUCGGAAGCUGUUUAUUGGCGGCCUGAGCUUUGAAACCACAGAGGAGGGUUUACGGGCCCAUUUUGAGGAAUGGGGUACACUCACAGACUGUGUGGUGAUGAGAGACCCCGGCAGCAAGCGGUCAAGAGGCUUUGGCUUUGUGACCUACUCCUCUGUGUUGGAGGUUGACGAGGCCAUGAAGGCAAGGCCUCAUAAAGUAGAUGGCCGAGUUGUUGAACCCAAGAGGGCCGUGUCCAGAGAGGACUCCAAUAAACCGGGGGCUCAUCUGACAGUGAAGAAGAUCUUUGUGGGCGGUAUCAAGGAAGACACUGAAGAGUACCAUAUCCGAGACCAUUUCAAGAAAUAUGGAACAAUCGAAUGCAUCGAAGUCAUGGAGGAACGCUCCACCGGAAAAAAGAGAGGAUUCUGCUUUGUCACUUUUGACGAUCAUGACACCGUAGACAAAAUUAUCGCUCAGAAAUACCACACCAUCAAUUCGCACAAUUGUGAAGUCAGGAAGGCGCUGUCAAGGCAAGAAAUGAAUGCGAUGUCCAAUAACAGGGGAAGGAGUGGAGGCUCUAGUAACUACAUGGGGAGAAAUGAUAACUACGGAGGUGGUGGAAACUAUGGUCGAGGUGACUAUGGUGGAGGACGAGGUGGAUAUGACGAUUAUGACGGUCCUAGUGGAAAUUAUGGAGGAGGACAAGGAGGUUAUGGAGGUCGGUCCAACUAUAGAAGUGGAAGUCCUGAGUAUGGCAAUCAUGGUGGUGGAUAUCGUGGUGGCUCUGAUGGAGGAAACGAUGGAGGAUACAGAGGGGGUGGAAAUUACAAUGAUUUUGGAAGCUACGGUGGUGGCCGUCAAUCCAGCUAUGGGCCCAUGAAGGGAAACAGUUUAGGAGGCAGAAACUCAGGUGGACCAUAUGGAGGCGGCUAUAGCUCCGGAGGCGGUGGUGGUGGUGGAUAUGGCUCACGGCGCUAUUAGAUAUUAUGUCGAUGUGGGACGAGGCAUUCUUGCUGAAAAUCUGUAAAGGCGCAAUAACAUGGAAGGGUCUGGAUGGGUAAGACUUAUUUUUCCAAAUAUUAUCCAAGGUUGCACAUAUUGUCAUUUACCUACACUUGACAACAGGUAAAACUAGGAGGUUGUUGUUUUUUAACUAAGGCUGUCAAAUUUAACGCAUUUAACUACAAUUUCCUUAAACGGUGCAAAUUAUUUUGAUGUGUGAUUGUGUACGCAUCUUGUCUAACCCUCAGUCCAUUCUGUUGCGUGAGAAAGUGAAUCUGGGUUAAGCUUCAUGCCAUAAAAGUUGUGAGGUGAAAACAGAAAAGGGUACAUUAUGGAAAGCUCAGAACCAAAGCCAUAUCAAGUCGUUCUACCGUCACAGCAAUCACUGGAGCCAAUGCCUGCUGGAGCGCUUGCAAUCAGAGAGGUGGAGCAUUGCUUUUGUGUUUGGUGCAUUGAUAACAUUAAAUGCAGAAUGUUACUGUAACCGGUUUAGUGAGAUGAGAUAAAGCUCAGCAGAAAGGAAAGACUGUUGGCAGGAAGUCAAGAGGCACUUUUUUGUUGCCAGGUCCAUUGUCAAAAAACAUCAAGCAGGCCCGGCUCUAACUAGGGAAAAGAGGGGGCUGAGCCCCCUCAAAUAAACGUUGUGCCCCUGCAAAUCAAAAUGUUUGAAGUUGAGGAAUUAUAUUUUAAUAAACCCACAAAAUGUAUAUAUACAGUUAAAGUACCAAUGAUUGUCACACAAACUAGGUGUGGUGAAAUUUGUCCUCUGCAUUUGACCCAUCCCCUUGAUCACCUGCUGGGAGGUGAGGGGAGCAGUGGGCAGCAGCGGUGCCGCGCCCGGGAAUCAUUUAUGGUGGUUUAACCCCCAAUUCCAACCCUUGAUGCUGAGUGCCAAGCAGGGAGAUAAUGGCUCCCAUUUUUUUUAUAGAGUUUGGUAUGACUCGGCCGGGGUUUGAACUCACAACCUACCGAUCUCAGGGCGGACACUCUAACCACUAGGCCACUGAUUAGGUAUACGACAAGUUGCCAAAAUUAUCGGCAGUCAUUUAGAAAUCCACUGAAAAAGGAACACGCUAUAACACUCGUAUGUUAUCACCUUACCUCUUCUCGGUCUUUCGGCUCAGAGGCUCUGCAAGUCUGUGCGCACACAAAGACACGCUCCUCCCCGCAGCCCUCAGUAAACCAGUGGCGACAAAUUUAAAACGAGACGAAAAGUUGUCAGAAACAAAAUCCAAUCAUAUUUAAUAUCGUCUUGUAGGUUAGUGGGCCAAAUUCAGAAUAUACCCGAUCACAGUUCUUUAAUAGCGUACAAUAUGAGAGAGGGUGGGGUUCAGCAACAAAGGAGAGCCCAACCAGGUACUUUUUAUUGUCAAAAGAUUAAGUUAAAUUUAUCACCGGCGGCGCCUAAACAAAACGCUGUGUAUUUAAAGUCUUCUACAUUGUAAUAAGUGAACACCUUAGCAAGUGAGGAGGACACAAUUUACUUUUGUCGCAAUAUGAUGCCAUCAACAGGUGAGCCAUCGUUUGGGACAUUACACAACCGUAAGUUAAAGCGGUGUGUGUUUGCUGCUUCAGGUGCUGUGUCGAAAUUUGCUGUACAAUCAAAAAGAGCAACUGUUGCUCGUCCUGUUUAAACGGUGAUGAAAACAAGUAUGUAGGCUACCAUUAUUUCCCCACGCUGUAAUAUUCUACAUGUCUUGCUUUCUGUCUGUUAGUAUACAACGUGAACCUUCUCACGCUGAAAGUGUUAACAUGCUUAGUGUUCAGAGAACACAAUGAAAUAUAGUUAAAAAACAAGAGGUCAGUAAACACAAUGAAAUAAAUAGAAUUUUAAAACAACAAGGUGAACUGUUGACUCCUAAUUAGUUGGUACAGUAAAACUCAACUUGAAAAGAAACAUUACUAUGUCUAGAGUGUAGGCGGUGCUAUUAAGUUUCUCUUUGUGUGUCUGAGAGAGAAAAUGUGUGGAGAAUUCAGAAACUGUGAGGCAUAAUUCAUCUGACCUGAGGAUAAACUAGUUUGAGGAGAAUGUUUUUGUAAUAUUUGUAAGACUACUGUGCCUUUCCAUUUUGUUAAUAUUGACUACUGUGUGUGAAGUCCUACUAAAGGUUAAAUUCAGUUUAAGAAUUAGGCCAUCAAAUGAAGAUAAAUGUUGCGAUACUUGAUAAAAUGUAGAUAAAGGAUCAUUUAAUUUAUUUAUUUUACUUUCAUUUUUUUAGUUUCCCCCUGAGAGAAUGCCACCUUUUUGUGGUUGAGAGCUACCAGCGGGGGCUUAGUCUUCAAAUGAGACGCCCAAGUUGAACAGGUAUGAAGGUGGAGGCCUGACAAAGUGCAAUCCUAUUCUUCAGGUUGGAGUUGGACACAGGCCCUGAUUUACUAAAGGUUUGCUUGUACUAAAAUAUGUGCAAACUUGAUAGUAGAUCCUCUUUGCAUGUGUUAAGUUUGUGCAAAGUGGAUUGUGUCUUUUAAGUGAGCAAGCUGAAUAAGGCGCACAAUCUAUUUUGUGUCUCUGUCUUCAUUAAUAUGCCAAAUAUAUGUUGAUCAUAAAAAUGACCACAAUACUGAGGACAAAAUGCAAAUAUAAUUAGCACGCGCAAUGUGAUUUAUCAACACUAAUUACUGUUUUGUGAGCACUAUUUUGCGUUGUAUUUUGGGCAAACUGACAGUACCACACACGGCUGCAGGAUCAAUGCUUGUGCUGCACAGACGAGAAUCCUCCGUGCUACGUGUGUCAACAUUUUUGGAUUUUUGAAAUAUCGUCUAUUCAACAACAUUUUAUAGCUGCUAGGGGAAUUAAGGGGCUGAUUAAAACUAAUUCAAUUGA